GGUAGUAGACAGAAUAGAACACAAAUAAGUAUAAUAACAGAUUAGUAGUGGCUAACGGAAGGUGAAGGCGCAAGCUCCGCGAGAGAGCCUACAUUGGCCUGCCUUGCUGUGCAUUGUUGUAUUUUCUCUAUUUUAUCAACCCUAUAGUCAAGUUGAUCCAUUUUGUGUUCAGACAUUAAUUUCAGUGAAUUGUGCUCAAAUGUUAUGUUGGAUGUGUUCACAUUGUUAAAGUGAUGAAUAAAAAUGUUUAGCUAUAAACUAUUUUGAAAGUGUUUAGUGCAAGGUUCUGUGUCAUGGAGUUGUGACAUUUUCGAGUUCUAGUCAUAUUGGAGGUUUUUUGGAUUGAUUUAUUUUGAAGAUCAUGUCGAGCAGGCAUAUCCCAGCAGAUAAGAUAAAUCUGCGCCUGAUUCUCGUCAGCGGUAAAACAAAAGAGUUUUUGUUCAGUCCGAGCGAUUCUGCUGGGGACAUUGCUCAACAUGUUUUCGACAAUUGGCCAGACGAUUGGUGUCAAGAAGCUGUUUCGAAAGCCGAAAUACUCAGACUCAUCUAUCAAGGACGCUUUCUUCAUAGUAAUGUAACUUUAGGUGCUUUAGGUUUACCUUUCGGAAAAACUACAGUGAUGCAUUUGGUUCCGAGAGAGACCCUUCCAGAGCCUAACUCACAAGAUCAACGACAAAAAAGCAAGGGUGGUAACAGUAGUUGCUGUUCGACGUCUUGCUGCAUUUUGUAAGCCCUAUUACUACAACAACCCAACAAAUUUUAUCUCUUGAAACAAAACAAACAAACAAAAAAAUCCAUGUAAAAGAAAUGAAGUUGAAAAUUAAAUGAGAGUGUAAAUUUUUAACUCGAAAUGCGGUUAAGGUGACUUAACCUAAAAAAAAUUAAGUAAAGUUGUGAUAUACGUGUAUAAAAUAAAAUCGAUACUCAAUGUGCCAGACUAGAAGUGUGUGAUCGAGUGAACACUGCAGUUAUGUUGUACCGGGUGAUAUUUUUAAGCUGGCGAUACUCUGUAUAAUAGUUUUAAUAAUUAUUUAUAAACUCAUUCAAAUUAAUCAUAAUAUACUUUCAGAUCUCGAUAAAUAGGAAAAAUAAUUAGUUGUAUAAUAUUAUAUUGUUUAUGGUGGUUUAGUUGUACACAAUGCCUUAAUGUCAUUUUUUAUCUUCGAAAUAGUUUUAAUCAAAAUUUUUGAAAAAUUAAUCAAAAUUAUAGUAAAAAAAUUGUGUUUCCAUAAAUAAUUUUGGUUUAGCUUAAAAAAAUCAUUUUACGGCAUUGUAUAUACACUAUUUAUUGAUUUAAAUGAAUUUUUAGGUAAUUUUAAAUUUGGUAUUAUUUCAAUUUGCGGGGGGUUAUGUUUAAGGUAAUCAUCCGGUCAAAUUUUGUGUAAUUAUAUAUAGUUGUAUAUUGUUUUAUAUUUUAGAACUGUAAUAUUUUAUUGUUUUUUCCACAUUGUUCAUCUCUACCAUUUUGUAAAUUCAUACAUCGUCAUCUGUCAGUAACUAUUUAAAUAUAUUUGAAAAAAUAAACUUAAUGUAAUUUAAAAUAAAAAGCACCUUAUCGAAUCUUUUUGAUUUUUCAAAUAAAUUCUCAAUUAAAAAUUUAUCCAUCCGAAGAAUGUCAAAUUUUUCAUAUUUUAAUCACAUAAUUUACCAGUUUCUCACCAGCUAUUUUUAAAAUGAUAAUAAAUUUUUAAAAUAUAGAAAAAUUGUGUGGAGUGAAUAACCUUUUUUAUUGGUGAACUAUAGUGACUUUCAAUAAGAUUUAGUUACCUUAUAAAAGAAAAAAAAUGUUUUUUUAAAUUCCAAUUUGAUAUAAAAAUCAUGUUUGCAUCAAACUAGUGAUAAUAAUAAAACUUUUUGAAUCAGUAUCUUGGAUUUUUAACAGCUAUUCAUUAAAACUAAAAUGUUCAAAUAAAGUUGAAACCUCAAUUAUCCUUUGUUGAAUCUACUUAAUGGGAAAAUUUCAAAUACGUUUUUCUCAUAUCUGUUCAAUUAAAUCAAUUAAACAGUCUUUUAACUAUUAUAUUGUUUUGUUGAGAUUAUUUUCUGCAAAAAAAUGUUGGAGCAAAUUUGUCGAUAUUCCACUGAAUACAAAGAAAAGGAGAUGAAAAUAAUGUACAAAACAUUCUAUCUCCAAUAAAACUUUCAGAAAAUUCAUAUUUUUUUGAUUUCAAUCUAAAUACAAUUAAAGACUCAUAUUUAUGUUUAUAUUAAUGUUAUCUUCUUCCAAAUAGUCCCCAUUAGAUAUUAUAGAUACAUCUAUACUAGCGCUUUGUCCUGGCACACUUCUCAAACUUUAUUCCCAAGUAAAGCCCUCAAAAAUGCUCUAUUAAUGUUAUUUAUGCUUGUGAAACAAUGGCUGCUUAAAAUUCUCUGUACUGAGUAGACUAUCUUCAGGAUAUGCCUGGAGCCGAAUUCAAAAGAUGAACGAAUUGGAUUAGAAGCUGUUGCAAAGUAUAUAGCUUUUUGUUCUUAAAAAGGGCUCCAAGCUGCCUCAGCUAAUUCGGCUAUGCCAGGUCAAAUUACUUCUAACCUCAAGACCCAAAAAAAGUAUCAUAUCUUGUCAAUAUGGUGGCUUGAGUGCAAUUAAGUGUGAGCACGAUUCAACGGUUUUGCUGGGACAUUCUUCUUCUUCAACAACUUUACUACCAAUUUGAUAAGCCUGUAUUAGUAUUAAACACAAAUUAUUUGAUUUUUGGUCCUGAAAUUUUGUUAUUAAUGUCCAGGGGACAUUAGAAAGUUUUCAAGUAAUACAGAUGCAAACUUUUUAAUGUCAUGUAUAGCAAUAAAAUACAAGGUAAAAAUUGACAAUCGAAUUGUUCAAUACAUCAAAAUUUUUUGAACACACCUUGUAUAAACUGUUAUAAAUACCAAGAUAAGAAUAUUUCCGCUAUUUGCUUACAUUUACUCCAAAAAUUUUCUCAUAUUUUUUUUGUCUUUAAAAAUGCUUAGAUGUCUAUUUAGAGCUGCAGAUAUGGUCAUUGUUGUAUUGUAAAUAUAUUUCAUACAUACAUAUUUCUCAAAAAUUUGAUAUUAUUAAUAAUUUUGAAAAUUUCAAGAUUUUUAGAUUCUUUAAAAUGACAUUCUUUGGCUAAGGAAACCGUACAAAUAAUUUAAACUUGAACAGUAUAAUACGAUUUUUUUAAGAAAAUUUAAAUAAUUUUCUAAUGUUACUAAUGGUGGGUCAUUAAAAGUAACAGAGCAAUAUUUGAAACAAAAUUUUCGAAGGCGUUAAUUUACUUUUUCUAUUCCUACUUUUCUGAAAAGAAGAUAGGAUUUAUGGUCUUAUGUAAAAUAUGAUUAAUUUAAAAAUAAAGUCCUAAAUACCAAAACUAAGAUAAGUGAAUGUUUUCAGUUCCUCAACAAUUUUUUUACAUAUUUUCCCUACUACCUUUAAGUGGAAAUGGAAAUAAAAUUGACGGUUUCGAAUGUGUUUUUAUUUAAAAAUUUUUAAUAUAUCGAUAAGUGCUAGAAUAUAAAUAUUAUAUGUGCUAGCUGAUACAUGAUUAAAGUAUACUGUUCGUUAGAAAAAAAAUAUGUAUUACUGUUUUUAUUAGACAGCUUUUUAAGUAUUAUUGAUUUAUUUUUAAAAUGUAUUAUUAUGAAAAGUUUCAUUUAGUUAUAUCAAAGGUGAAUAUCGAACCUGAUAUGUAAUUGUACAGAUUGUUUCCAAAGUUUGACUGCAUUAAAAUUGCACAAAAUAGUAUGAGAAAUGAGGUGUUAAGUUUUUUUUCGAAAUACAAUGUGUUAAAAUUGAAAACAA